CAUGGCAACGAUGUCAACAAUAAUUUUAGAAAGAAAUAUGAUAGAAGUAAUUCUAUGAAAUAAUUGUUUAAACUUACUUAAAUAAGGAAGGAAUACUUGCAUAAUUAAUUAUACUUUAAAUUUUGUGAACCACAAGCCUUUACCGGUUGUGUUGCUAAGUGAUACUCACCUGAAUUUAUACCAGAGUUUAUACUGUUAUUAAACAUUAUGGUAAUACAAAAGUGCGAAGAAGAAAUGAGCCAGAAAGUCUCCGAAUCAAAGAAAAUUUGCUUAGGAUUUCAUAGUCCAGACAGAAAAAUAAGAAAACAAACAUAUCAGGAAUUAAAGAAUUUUUUGACAAAUAAGGAGAAUGAUUUUAGCGCUGAUGAUUUACAAAAGAUUUUUAUUGAAAAUCAUAUAUACUUUUUAAAUGGUUUACGUGAUAAAUCUGAAACUGUACGAGAAGAGGCAAUAAAAUUUGCUACAUACAUAAUAAUGGAAAGAUUACCUUUAAAUGAUUUUUAUUUAACAUAUACUUUUCCAAUAUUAGUUGAAAGAAUAGGUAGUGUUGAACUUAUUGAAGAAUCAGAAGAAAUAAGGUUGCAAAUGCUUCAGUUUUUGGAUAAUAUUAUCGAAAAAUACUCUAAUACUGAACAGCUAAGGCCAUUUCUAAAUGAUUCAGUUAAGAUUUUUUGUGAAACAGUUAGAGAUAAGUAUCCUAGCAUAAAGGAAUUAAGUUGUCAAACGAUAAGAAAACUGUCUAUAGCUUUACCCAGAGAUUUUCAUAUGCAAGCCGAAUCCUUAUUAAAACCUGUCUUAAGUUGUUUUUCUCAUCAACGUUACAAAGUUCGUGUAGAAGCAAUUAAAACUGUUGGGGAAAUAAUUAUGCAUAGCAGUUAUAAAGGUGUUGAUGAGGCUAUUGUUCCAAUGGCAGAGAAAUUGUUUGAUCAAAUUCCAAUAGUUCGUCAAACAGUAGCUCAAGAAGCUGCCAGGUGGAUGCUAUAUCAACGUGAUAGGUACUCCUACUUUCACAAAAUGCUUCCUUUGUUAUUAACAGGGUUAAAUGAUGAAGUUGAAAGUACUAGAAUUGAAGCUCAUAUGUUAUGGGAAAAGGUGGGUCUCCAAUACCAGCAGGAAAAUGAAAAAGAUUUAAAAGAUAAGCUGGAUUUUUUAACAGAAAUGCCUAAACAUUAUCCAAAUCAUUUAAAACGUCCAAAUUUGGGAUGUAGAGUACUGGUUCAAAGGAAUAUCAGCAAAAUCGCUUCAGCUAUAUCAAAUGAGCUUACUAACUGGCAAGAGGAUAUUCGAGUUCGAUGCAGUCAACUUCUGUGUUCUUUAGCUUUGCAUGCUGAAGAAGACUUAACUUUUAAUCUUCAAAAUCUCUUACCAGCAAUGUACUCGGCUGCUAGAGAUCAGGAUUCAAGAGUAGUAGCUAACAUUAUUCAAGCCAGUGAAAUUAUCGGAUUAUUUGUGCCAUUUGAUACAUGGUCCAAGAUUAUUUUGCCAGUUAUUGAGGAUGGACCACAUCACGGCCAUUUAGUUGUUAUGGCUUCAUUGAUUAAAGGGGCUCCAAUAGAAUAUAUGGCCAAAGGUGUAUUUCCAAUAAGUAAACUGUUAAGUGAAGAUUAUAUUUGCUGCAGUCGAAAACAAAAAUACCAAUCAGAAUUAUUAAAAUGCGUGAAAGCCUUAUUAGAGAAAUAUGAUAAAUGCAAUGAUGACCCAGGCUAUCAUCUGUUUAAAAUUAUUACAAGUCUUAUGUCUUUAAAAGAUCCAAAUAAUGCUGAAGAGCUUACAAUCAAAUUAUAUGAAUAUUUGGCAAAAUGUCUGGGCUUCUCAGAUACUGAAGAAUGUUUACUAAAAUAUUCAAAUGAAUUAUUUAUUCAUAUAAAUACGUCUCCUAAGUCAUGGACAGUAAUGACUGAUAAUGCAUGCAUUUUUCUGUGUUUGCUUGAAGAAUGUCAAACAGCUUUUGGUGUAAAUUUGGACAUAAUAUCUGAGAUACUGAUUAAAGUGUUAGAUAAUGAAACAGAUGCUGAACUGAGACUGAAAACUUUUUAUUCUUUAGCCUCUGUAUUUGAAAAUAAAGAUAUAAUCUUUCAAAAAGCCGAAAAUUUAACGUCGUUUUUAGAAAAACUGAUUGAAGAGGUCUUUAUUCCAUCACUGGUUUGGCAUGCUGGAUCUACUGCUGAGGCUAUCAGGACCAUGGCAGCCACCUGUUUAAAAUGUGCCUUCCUUCCAACACAGCAGGUCGAAUUAUUUGUCUCUAGCGAUGUUUUAACUGCUGUUGCUCAAAAACUACAGCCGCUUCUACUUUCACUAAUGGAAGAUGCUUCAUACAAAAGUAGGAAAGUUGCCAUUGAAUGUGUCGUCCUAUUGAAAGAUAUCUGUUCAAACAAGAACGUUUGGACUAACGAUGAUUUAAUAAAAGUUUACCCAGAGGUAUUGAAAAGAUUGGAUGAUCCAACCGAGAAAGUUCGUUUAUGUGCUCUAAGUUAUAUUCCAAAGAUUUUCCAGGAUGUUCCAAACGAAUUUACCCAGGAACACUUCAAAGGCCAUCGCGAAUUUGUAAUUGAUACAUUAAUUACGCAUCUUGAUGAUGACGACGAGACUGUUCAAAAUUUAGUUCUUGAAUCGUUUAAAACGCUCGCUAGAAUUUGUAGUAAAGAAUUAUCAUGGAAAAUUGAAGCUCAUCGGGGUUUACUGAGAAACCAGAAAGGAUGCGAUGAAAUCGCUAAAUAUAUUCAAACUGUACCUUAGUGCAAUUCUGUACCUACCUAUUAAUUAGGUAUUUUAUGUAUAUAUCUAAAUUAACUGAUUAGCGUUUCCUUCCAUGGAUGAAUGUUCAAUUAUCUGUGUAUUUUUGUUUUGCUAAUAAAAAAUAAAACUGAUAAAAA